AUGCCGCCAACUCCGGCGUCCUCUACCGAGAUCAAGGGACAGGACCAUUCACAUCAGCUCUCCACUUUGCAGAUGUCUUUUGAGCUGCCUCCAUCGGCCAUAGGGCCAAAUGCGAAAUCCCAGCAACCCAACUCCCGAGCUAAGACGUCACCCGUAUCGCCAUCUACCAAGACGACCUACCCGGUCCAACCAAGCGAGACGGUCAAGUCGAGAAGACGCUCGUCUGCCGCGCAGAAGGAGACGUUUGCUUUGCCUCCUCCGCCGACGAGAUCUCGCAGGAUCAUUCAGAUGAAGCCCCGUCCUCAGGAAGAGCCCGUUGAGCAGCCCUCCCUAGAUAAAACGGCACCCGCCACCACCGGCAAGAGUACCGCCGGUGCCGGGUCUAAGAAGAAGCAGCCAUCAGCAACUAGCGCUGCGGGGAGGAAGAUCGCUAGGAAGACGGCCCAUAGUUUGAUUGAACGCCGUCGGAGGUCCAAGAUGAAUGAAGAGUUCGCGGUGCUUAAAGGUUUGAUACCUGCUUGCACCGGCGAGAUGCACAAGUUGGCUAUCCUUCAGGCUUCUAUCGAAUACGUGCGAUACCUCGAAGAUUGUAUUACCAAGUUGAAAGAGCAACACCAUGAUCAAUCGGCCACACCAGCUCCAUCUCAGUUUAAGCUCACCCCGUCAAAUGACGUUGACGCGUAUGAUAUGGACGAGGAUAAAGAUGACGAGGAAGGUCAAGAAGAUGUUGAAAUGACGAGUUCGGAAGCGCCAUCUCCUAUUUAUGCGCAGACUCCUGCUCGCUCUAAUCAAUCGUCUAUAUCGCCGGCGCUAGUGGCACAAGACGCCCGAGGUAGACAUCACUCUUACCCGUCCAUCCCCACCGAGUAUCGCCAUUACAGUUAUAGUGGACCUUCUAAUAAUACCUCCCCGGCCUUUGGUCCUCAGGGGUAUCCACAACAUGUGGGGAUCGCAUCGACGUCGCAUUCAACUCUGGCCAGUCCGGCUCUAAGACCGCAGCAGGAGAUAGAUCAGGAAGCCUCUGCAGCACUUCUAAUGCUCAAUGUGGACCGUAGGGGAAUGGCUAGCAGUGGUUCGGGACGAGGCAUGAGCGUCAAGGAUCUGCUUAGCUCAUAA